AUUUUUCAAGAUGGCGGCCUCCAUCACGAAAAAACACGUUUUGCUCCGAUUUUGUACGCAUUUUCGCGUCGUUUUCACACAGCAGAAGUUUAAAACGACUGCAGCGGCACUGUCUAGCUUCCAACAUGCAACAGACACAUCAGAACGUGAUAUGAAGGUCAUUCUCGGUGAUACGAAGCCGAGGAAACACCCGGGAAUACAGCACGUGAAGUCCGUGCGUCUGCCAGAGAGACUUGUGAACGCGGUAGAGGCGACCUUACAACGUGCGGGUUCGUCUUCAGGUCAGUUAACAGUCAACGCCACAUAUCUGAAGAACUAUCUAUGGAGUAGAAAACGGCCUGCUGAAGACGCCGACGUCAGAAGGAAAGCACAGGAGAUCGCUGAGGAGUACACCAAGCAAGGCCUUUUGAAAGAGGAGACGGAUUUGAUGGAUGAAAAAGCACUUGCACAGCAAAGGAAAGUUGAAAGUAAAGUCUUGAAAAAAGUGCAGCAACAGCUGUACCACUGGCAGCCUGUAACGUGGAAUGAGAUGACAGGGUUGGCGUACCUCGUGGGGAAGGCGCCGGGCGUGUUCGCCGCUACUUAUCGCGUACUCUCGGAGCUUAAGAAACGAGAACCGAAAUUCCGCCCGAUGACGUUGAUGGACUACGGUUCCGGAACUGGGAUGACGGUCUGGGCUGCACACACGCUCUGGGGGCACUGGCUGAGGGAGUACACGUGUUUCGACACCUCGUCAUCGAUGAACAACCUCGCAGAGCUCCUCCUGAGAGGCGGGGAGGAACACGGGAAGCUUCUUCAUCCCAACAUCAUCUUCAGACAGUACGAACUGCCGAACCUGAACAUCCAACACGACCUGGUGGUGUGUGCGUACUCCCUGGGGGAACAGCCGAGCGGGGUGCAGAGGAGGAGGGUGGUACGGAGACUGUGGAGGAAGACUUCACAGUUCCUGGUCAUCCUGGAGAACGGAACCAACGAGGGAUACAGGAUGGUGAUGGAGGCCAGAGAUCUGGUGCUCAGUGGCAAGGCUGAUAGAAAGGGCGGGUUGUCAGAAGAUGUUCUUGACUCUGAACUUGAAGAAGCUGAGCUGGAGUGUGCCGAGCAGCCACAGUUGACUGACGAGCCUGUCGCUCACGUCUUCUCCCCGUGUCCCCACGACACAUCCUGCCCUCGUCUGGCAGAUGGUUCAGAGACGCCCUGCAAUUUUCAGCAGUCCUUCCAACCUCCCAGCUUCAUGGCCGUACUUCCAAAGAGCAGUAAUUCCACUGUGGAAACUUUCUCCUAUGUUGUACUGCGCAAAGGGGCGAGGAGCGAAGAGUCGGCCCCGUGGCCGAGGAUUGUCCGGUCGGUGCUACGGCGCCCGCGACACGUCCACUGCAGGAUGUGCCUGGCAAACGGGCAGCUUCAGGAGGCUGUUGUGACGUCGAGAAAGCACGGGAAGCUUCUGUACAGAUGUGCCCGGAUGAGUGAGUGGGGGGACACGCUGCCGGGAUGGCCACCUGUACAGAGAACAGAAGACGUGGAGAAUAGCUCAGACAAUAGUGAACAGUAGUUUAUCUGCGUGACAUGUGCAAAAACUGUAUUCAUUUAAACCUGUGACGACUAAAUCAUAGUGAAAAUCAGAAGUUCCAGUUGAAACAAGAAGCUUAAGAGCCACACAAUGCAAAUACAAGAAGAAAUGUUAAUGAGCUUGCAGUGGAAACAGCAAAUUCAAAACACAGUACAUGUACUAGUACUAUGCAGUAUCAAAUAAAGUCGGAACACAAAUGAUUUCAGGAUCCUUAUGAAUGCACUGUACAUGUGAUUCAAGCCACAACCCAAAGUUAAUUGAGUAACUUUACCUUUCUAAGCAUCAGAGAUGGCUUUGAAAAUUCUUCUUUCCGAUAUUGAAGUCAAGGACAUUGGUUGAUUCAAAGAAAUUGAAUUGGUAAAACAGUUGUAGAACUUUACUGGGUUUACUUUACUGUGUUACUGUAGGUGCGUAUAAAUUUUCAUACACAAUAUCAGAUUACAUCUAGAGCAUGGUAGAAAGGAAAGUGUGCAAGAACCUAGUAGAGAGGAAAUGAUAUGGAAUGGCGUGGCCAUAAUAAAGAAA